AUGGCGGAGAAGCUGACGCCGGAGCAGGUCGACGAGUGCAAGGAAAUCUUCGACCUGUUCGACGCCGACGAGGACGGCAAGUCACCAUCCCCCUCGUACUCCGAUCCACCGCGUCGCAUCGCCACGGGCGAGCUCGUGACGGCGCUGCGGUCCCUGGGCCAGAACGUGGACGAGGCGGAGGCGCAGCGCUUCCUGGAGGACGCGGGCGCCGGCGCCGGCACCAUCGACCUCGCGGCGUUCCUUGCCGUGGCGGCGAGCAAGAUGGGCGCCAGGCAGUCGGAGGAGCGCCUCGCGGAGUGCUUCGACGUGUUCGAUGACGCCCGCAGUGGGUCCAUCCCCGCGGAGCAGCUGCGGCAGGUGAUGGUGAGCCACGGCGACCGGCUCACGGAGGAGGAGGCCGACGCGAUGCUCCGCGAGGCCGACCCCAGCGGCGAGGGCCGCGUCGAGUACAAGCACUACGUCAAGGUGCUGCUCAGGGACAAGUAG